CGGAUUUGGUGGUUGGCAACAAGAAAACGAGACCACCGCCCCAUGUCGCUGCCGGUCCUAGACACGUUCGCCGAGCAUGGCUUCAGCAUCUUCCAGUCACCGGAGGCCACCUUUGCCGACUUCUUCGCCGCCGGGAUCUUCCGCCGGGGAGGCAUCGACGUUGAGGCCGGCGCGCCCCGCCUCCAGCAGCGCGAAGCCUUGCUGGACGUCGCCUUGUACCAUGGCCUCUCGAGCAUCAUUGGGUCGUAUGUCCUUGCGCUCGACAAGAAGAAGGAGUUUCUCCUGAAAGAGCCCGUGGCCGUCCAGACGUGGGCCGCGAAGCAUGUGACGGCGCUUGCAGCGACGGCAACGACCGCACUCGAACAGCUCUUUGUGGGCGGCAAGCCCAACACCGACCUUGGCGCACACCUGCGCUCGCUGCGCGGCCUGCGCCAUGUGCUAAAGGCGCUCACGGACCGUCUCGAACUCGCGGCCGGGCCCGUCGCCGUGCCCGAAGCCGCGGCCUUGACACAGGAAGCCCGAUCGUACCUGGACCAGCUUCUGCAUACGCUUCACGACACGACGCUGCGCUUCUCGUUUGGCCAGUGGCUCGUCGAAGAGAGCGCCUUGCACAAAGUGCACUACGACGCCGCCGGCCUCACUCGCCGCUUCCACACGCAGGCGCCGCUGGUGUUGGCGGCCAUCUGCGACGCGGCGCAGGUCGCGCCGCUCUCGCCGCCGCCCUCGACCGGCCUCGCGCUGUGGCACGCCCUCUACACACCGACCGCGACCUCGAUUGAAGUGUCGUCGGCCAUCCUGCUCUUCAUGGGCCUGGAAAUGCUCGCAUCGUGCGCCAAGCCCAAGGCCGCGCCGCAGCCGCUCGCGAUACUGCAAGCCACGACGCGUCGCCUGGCCCGCGCGCUGUCUCUGAACGACGUCUGGUCGCGCUCGAUCCUCGGGCUCUGGUGCCUCCAGUACAACGUGCACGCGGUUGAGGCCGCGACGCUCUUGCAGCCGUCGCACCUCCUCGACCGCUCGAUCCUGCUUGCCCUUGUGCACGUGCUGCUGCGCCACCAAGAGCCCUCGCUCGCGUGGCAGCUCUGGUCGACGACGCCAGCAUCCGAAGACGCGGUCGACUUGCUCUUGGAGCUGCACUUGGCGAUGCACGAUAUCGAGGGUGCGUGGCGGCUUCUCCGCGCCUUCCCGCGCCAGAACGCCGAGCGUCUGCCGCAGCUGCUGGCGUGGCACGUCGCCAACGACAGUCUGCGCGACUGGGUGCUUCGAUUGCAUUGGUCGCCGACCGAGUUGCCGCUCGUGCACGCCUUUCUAUUGGCCGACGACGACCGCCACGAGCUCCUGGUGCGCCUCUACCUCGGGCGCAGCGACUACGACCAAGCCUACGCCCUUGCGCAUGCGCUGCCGUCGGUAGCCAACCAUGCGGCGCUGCAAGCUCUGCUCAAAGCCACGCAGCUCAACCAGACGGCCGGCGACGUGCUCCCGACGCAUGUCCGCGCGCUCGCCGACACGAGUGACGCGGCGGCCUACGCCCCGGGUCUCUACUCGGGGAAGCGCUCGACGACCACGGUCAAGGUCACGGCCACGGCGCGGACGCUGGACCUCGACGAGCCCACGACGCCGCCGCCACCGCCGGUCGUGUCGACUGGUCCCAAGCCGAGCAAAGAGCGCUACGCUGCAUUCGGCUGGUCGGCGACGCCUCAGAAAGGCCUGACGCUCGAGAACCGGAAUGCACUCGUGGUGGGGCCGUCGCUCUUGGCCGCGCCCGCGGGCCCGGCCGCCGACCUCAUGACGUCGACGCACCACGUGCUUCGGUACAACUUUGUCGAGCCAACGACGACGGUGGCGGCGCCCCGGAUACUGCGCACGCCGCAGAGCACGUCCAAGGCUACGAAAGGUGGUCGCCGUGGCACGACGCAGGACGACGAGCCGCUGCAUGCACCUGCGGCCCGGGACCUCUUCACGACGCCCGACCGCAGCACGCAGCCGCGCGAGGCCAACAGCACGCCGUCGCUCCGGCGCAAUCCCGUGCGGUCGGUGCGCAUGCACACGUAGUAGUAGUAGUACUAGUAGGCGACGACUCGAUUGAACGCUGUUUUCUAUUUUCGCUGGCGUGGUCCGUG